AUGCACGCAAAUAAUAACCAUGAAGACGAUCAUUUCGUUAAUGGAAUUAAUAAAAGUAAAAUUAUUAAUAACAAUAAUAAUAAUAAUAAUAAUAAUAACAAUAAUAAUAAUAAUAUGCAAGAUAGUGAAAUUGGUAUUAAUAGUAAUAUCAUUGCUAAUAGUAAUAAUAUGAAUAAUAAUAAUAAUAAUAAUAAUAAUAAUAAUAAUAAUAAUAAUAAUAAUAAUAAUAAUAAUAAUAAUAAUAAUAAUAAUAAUAAUAAUAAUAAUAAUAAUAAUAAUAGUGAUGAUGAAUUAAUGGUUGAUGGUAAACCAUUAACAUCAUUAUAUCUUGCCGAAUUACAAAAUGCAGUUAGAGCUCGUGGUGGUCGUAUUCCAUCAAAUUCCAGUAAAGCCAAUGUUUUAAAACAAUUAAGGGAAAUUUUAUUAAAAGAAAAAGGUAUGCCACCUGCUGCCCCAUCUUCACCAACCUCACCAAAUAAAAAUAAUAUUCAAAAUUUAUUAAAUAGUAGUAGUAAAAAUGUAAAUAGUAGUCAUCAUCAUCAUCAUCAAAAUCAUCAUCAUCAUAAUUUCCAUAAUUUUAAUAAUAACAAUUUUAACAAUAAUAACAAUAGCAACAACAACAACAAUAAUAAUAGUAACAACUCCCAUAACAAUAACAACAAUAAUAAUAAUAAUAAUAAUAAUAAUAAUCACCAUAACAAUAACAAUAAUAACAAUAAUAACAACAACCAUCAUAAUAAUAAUAAUAAUAAUAACAACAAUCAUAAUAAUAAUAGUAGUAGUAUUAAUAAUAACAAUAAUAAUUAUAAUAAUAGUAACAAUAUCAAUAAUUCCCACCAUAGUUAUAAAAGUAAAAAAAGUUUACCAAAAUUAAAUGAUAUUGCCGAAAUAUUAGCUUCUUCCUCAUCAUUAUCUGCUUCAUCUUCUUCAAAUUCAUUAUCUUCAUCAACCUCCUCAUCACCAAAUAGACCAAAUUCUCCAAAUAACAAUAACAAUAAUAAUAAUAAUAAUAACAAUAACAACAAUAACAAUAUUAAUAAUAAUAAUAAUAAUAGUGGUAAUACUAAAAAUAAUAAUAAUAAUAAUAAUAAUAAUAAUAGUAGUAAUAAUAAUAAUAAUAACGGAAGAUCAAUUUCACCAUCUCAACAACAAUAUUCAUCACCACAAAAUCAUUCAUCAGCAUUAUCAUCACCAUCACAACAACCAUUAUCACCAUUUCAAAGUAGUUCAAAUUUUGGUUAUUUAGUUUCAUCUGCAAGUAAUCCAGAUUUACAAUCACCAUUAAAGAAAUUAUCAUUGGUUGAAUUAAAUAAAAUUACUGGAAACAAAAGAUUUACCUUUGAGACUAUUGACGAUUCAAAUAUUUCUUAUAAUAAUAAUAAUGGAAAUAAUAAUAAUAAUAAUAAUAACAGUAAUAAUAAUAAUAACAGUAAUAAUAAUAAUAAUAAUAAUAAUAAUAAUAAUAAUAAUAAAAGUGGUGGAUCACCAUUAAAAAGAUCAAAUAAUGGUUGUAAUAAUUUUGGUGUAGCCGGUUCUGCUAUUACAAAUUUAUUUAAUCUUGGUAAUCCAUCAAUUUGUUCAGAAAAAAGUAAAAUGAAAAUUGCUGAACAAUUAGAAAAGAAAUUAUUGGAAUCCUUUAAUUUCUAUCCAAUUGUACAACGUUUAAAACUUGAUUUCAGUUUUCGUUUAAUUAGAGAAGUUACUAGAUUUUUAAUUUUAAAGAAAAUUACUGAUGAUGAAUUUGGAACUAAAAUUUUACCACCACCAAUUAUUGAAAAUAUAUGGCACGCUUUAAUUCUUGAUACACUAAAAUAUGACGAAUUUUGUGGUAUUCUUGGAGUUAAAAUUCAUAAUAAUCCAAGUGGAAUGAAUGGUUCAAUUGAAGAAAAAAGAAAGAAAUAUGAAAAAACUUUAUCAUCAUAUAAAAAGUAUUUCCUUACUGAUCCAACAAUUGAAGAGACUGAUAUUUGGUUACAUGAUUAUCUUUUAAAUAAUGAUGACAACUUUGAUUACAAUAUAAUAAUUAAUGAAAAUGAUACCGAGAAUGAUGAUGAUGAUAAUAAUAAUAAUAAAAUAAUUAAUAAUAAUAUUAAAAACAAAAACAAUGAUAGAUCAUCACCUCACAUUAAUAAUAUUAGUAACAUAAUUAAUAGUAAUAAUAAUAAUAAUAAUAAUAAUAGUAAUGGAAGAACUUCACCACAAAUAAAUAAUAUUCAUAUUAAUAAUAAUAAUAAUUCAAAUGGUAGAACGUCACCAUUGAUUAAUCUAUCAUUACCACAUCACCAACCAUCAAAAGAAUUCAUUGAUAUUUCGAUAAAUGAAAGUAGUAGUAAUAUUAGAAACACUUAUAAGAUUUGUAAAACUCAUUCAUUUGAAAAGUUGAUCAAUGCAUUUUGCAAUCAAUUCAAUCUUCAAACUCAGCAAUAUCGAUUCACCUAUCAAGGUAGAUUAAUUUCUCCCUAUGAAACACCUUCCGACCUUUAUAUGAAUGAUAGUGAUAUAAUCCUUGCCUCUAGAAUUAUUCAACACAAAUAA